CAAAACCUUCAUGGCAGCUGUCAGCAACACCAACUUCACGUGUUUGACCUUCAUCCUGGCAGGUGUCCCAGGGCUGGACGCUGGGCACCUGUGGCAGACCAUCCCCUUCUCUUCCAUUUACCUCGUGGCCCUUGUAGGGAACUGCACAAUUCUCUUCAUCAUCAAGAUGGACCCCAGCUUGCAUGAGCCCAUGUACUACUUCCUCUCCAUGCUGGCCCUCGCCGACCUGGGCUUGUCCCUAUGUACGAUGCCAACGGUGCUGAGCAUCCUCUGGCUGAACUCCAGAGAAAUCAGUGCUGGUGCCUGCUUCACUCAGUUUUAUUUUAUUCAUACAUUUUCCUUCUUGGAGUCCUCGGUGCUGCUGGCCAUGGCCUUUGACCGCUACGUGGCCAUCUGCCACCCUCUGCGAUAUGCCUCCAUCCUGACCAGCAGCAGAAUAGCCAAGAUAGGCUUGGCCAUUCUGGGCAGAUGCGUCUUCAUUGUGAUGCCUGGUGUCUUUGUGCUCAGAAAGUUACCAUUUUGUAGGUCCCAUGCACUCUCCCAUUCUUACUGUCUGCACCAGGAUCUGAUGAAGCUGGUGUGUGCAGACAUCACGUUCAAUAUAGUGUAUGGAUUAUCGUUAGCCAUCCUCAUUUUCAUGUUAGACUCACUGCUAAUUUUUGCCUCCUAUAUCUUGAUCUUCAAGACCAUCCUGAGCAUCGCCUCCCGUGAAGAAUGUCUCAAAGCUCUGAACAACUGCUUGUCCCACAUCAUUGCAGUCUUAAUAUUAUAUAUCCCGAUGGCUGGUGUAUCUAUUGUUCACAGGUUUGGCCAACACACAUCCCCUGUGGUUCAUGUUCUGAUGGCAAAUGUCUACCUGCUUGUCCCACCGGUGCUGAAUCCUAUCAUUUACAGCAUCAAAACAAAGCAGAUCCGCCAAGGCAUCCUCAGACUUUUCUCUCUGCAGAGGACCUAUGGUACAUGGCCUGAAAGAAGUUUGGUAACACCUCAUAGAUAAAAGAAGGGUCCACAGGACACCAAGUCCAGACCAGUUCAUCUAUGUGAAUGUGCUCCUGAGUUCCUGCUGUUUUACAUCGUGGUUAUGACUAGAUUAGUGGGUACAAUUCAUGCUCAGUGGGUGCAUCUACAUGUUCAUUAAUGUGCUUUAGGUAAUGCGCAUUAAAUCUAGUACCUCCUUUGUGAGGUACUAGAAAGAGGUACAUUAACAUAUUUUAAUGCAUGUUAGCUAAAGAGCACAUUUUUUGUGAUGCUUUAAGGUGCAUUAAAGUAAGCUAAUGCAUAAUAGAGCGAAUGUGUAGACACAACCAGUGAUUUGUUUCAAGUGCUUUAAUGAAGGUUAUGCUCAUUAGCACUAUUUGCAUAUUUGCCACAUAGCCCCUCCCUGUAAAUACGGUGAAUGCUUUGACCAAUAUUGUUUAUAAAUAGUACUUACCCAUGAGCUGAGACCUUGCUCCAUGAACUGCUCUUCAAUAAUCAUGGAGAGUGAGUGCAGAAGAGCUCUUGAGAUCAUCUAAUAUCACCUGCAUUUCACAGGCCAUGACAUUUGAUUCAGUUAAUUCUACAUUUAAGCCUGGUGACAACACAAGCUCGGGAUUUGCUUCUCAUUACAUCUAAGAACAUCCCCACUGGUUUUUGUUCCCCAGCUUGCAAAUUGCUGCAGUUACUGCAUGUAUUGACAUUUCAGUAUUCACCCAACCCUUUCACCAACCUCUUUAUUCUGGGGGCACAGGGAACUGUUGAGACAGGUUUGGAUAGAGAGAGGUUUUCAGUGAGAAAUAAAUCAAAGUAAAGGAAAGAAACAUAAUCAGAAUGUUGUCUCGCCUUUCAGUCCCAACUGAUUUUGCUCGAAA